AUGCAACUCGCCCAGACCAUCGUCGCCGCCCUGCUGGCCGCCUGUUCCGUGACCGCGGCCGCGGCCCCGGCUCCCCGCGCCUCGACGGUCAAGUCCAUGGCGGCGGCGGACAAGCCACUGACCAUCGAGUCGGUGCGCCGCGUGUGCAACAAGCCCGACACCGAGUGCAAGUGGACAUUCAAGAUCAACACCGACGUCGACUGCCAGGAGGCCUGCAAGACGAGGACCCCCGUCUACUUUGUCGUGCGCGCGUCCGGCGGCAAGCCCGCCACCCAGAGCAACGGCGCCGCCCAGACGUUUGGCAACUACACCAUCACCUCGGGCUGGAGCGGCCAGUUCGGCCCCGGCAAGGGCUUCACCACCUUUGCCGUCGUCGACAACAAGCGGCGCCUCAUUGCCUACCCUGCCUACACGGACGAGGAGGUCGACGAGGCCAAGCUCGUCAAGCCCGACCGGGCCUUUCCUCUCCAGCAGCUCCCCUAA